AUGAGUAAAGACGGAGCACCGGGCCCUGAAGACCCCGGUCCCAUUGUGCGCAUCGAGGGCCAGGGGACGUGCAAGGCCGCCUGCGCCAGGGCGUGGCGCGCUUCCUGGGCAUCCCGUACGCCACUGCAGGGCGUUGGAGAGCGCCGCAGCCCCCGGUGUCCCCAGCUCGGGCCUCCGGGCAAGACCUAUGAAGGUCACGUACUGGAAGAUGAUGACAACUGUUUGCAGCUGAACGUCUGGACACCGCUGAGCCUUUGCUGCGUCAACAUCAACUACCGCCUCGGGAUCUUUGGCUUUCUCGCGCACCCGGAGCUGUCGCAAGAAGACGGGGAGAGCAUCUCACAGGGAGGAUCUGGUAACUACGCAGUUCUGGAGCAGCUGUGUGCAUUGAGCUGGGUGCAGCGCCACAUCGCCAGCUUCGGCGGAGAUGCAAGGAACGUCACCAUCUGGGGCUUGUCCUCUGGGGCCCAGUAUGUGUCCACCUUGCUGGUCUCGCCUGCUGGUCAGAACCUUUUCCACAGAGCCGUGGUGCACGUGCAAAGCUGCGCGGACUUGAACAACGUGCGCCAGCUCGACUCCUCCUGCGACGUGUGGCUUGGGAAGACGGCAGAGGCUUGGGGUGUGUGCCUUGGAGAGGAGCGCUGGCAGAGCAGCGCCGAGCUGGGCUGCGCAGCUGGUGCUGGGCAAUUGGCCGCCAUGCGCGCGCUGCCGGCGCAGGCCCUGGUGGCCAAGACCUUCGCCUCAGCGGCCAACGACUGCUACGAGCCGGCCAUCGACCGACGAAGCUCGUCGGUGAAGCCUUGGUCAUCUGUGGAGGCGCUCAGGGAGGGCCGCUUCCAGAAGGUGCCGGUGCUGCUCGGCGUCACGGACCACGACGGCUUGGGCAAGAUGGAGCUGGAACAGACGCUGUUUCACGAUGUGCGAAGCCAGAAGGAGCUGGAGGCUCUCUUCUCCCGGGAGUUUGGGGAGGCCGCUGGUGCUGCCAUGUCUCGCUACUGGCCGUCCGGGCCUUUCGAGAUGCACGAGGCGAAGGUGGUACACCAAGCCCUCGGCAAGAUGAGCAACGACCUCUGGUACUUUGCGGGCACACACUACAUGAGCCAGCUGUUGGCACAAGAGACGCCAGUGUUUAGCUAUUCUUUCGGAGGGCUGAAGCACAGUCCGCAUGGAAGCGAUGCCAUGUACUGGAGGGGACUUUGUAAGGGAACCCUGCCUGCCCUGAUGUCCACCUACCUCGCCAACUUCGCCCGGUCCGGGGAUCCCAACGUUGUCAACUCACACGGAGCCGAAGGAGCCCAAGGAGCCGAGGGAGCCGAAGCUCUGCCGAUCUGGGAAGCCUGGGAACCGCGGCGCAUGCGGCGGAUGCACCUCGGGAAUCCUCCUGAAAUGCAAGAGACGGAGGAGGCAAAGUGGUAUCAGCUCCUAGCCCAGGAGUUCUUUUCUAAGGUCCUCUUGCAGAGGGUGGCCGUCGAGUGUCAGGCGAAGCGAGUGUGCGUGCGGGAGGAAAUCGCGAGCAUUGCCCUGGCCACGCUGGGCUCGAAGCAGUGGGACCUUUGGGAGCGACAAAUGGAGGAGGAGAUGCCGCUGAUCUGGGAGAGCCUUGACAGGCGCUGGCUGAUCUACACCAUGCUCCUUUGGUUGGUGCUGACCUUCUCCUUCCAAUCCUUUCAGUUUCACAUGCCACUGGCGGUGGCCAACUCGUCCAGCGCCACCCAGGCAUCAAAGACCGUCGUGCAGUCCAAGUCGAUGAUCAAUGCUUCGAAGAAGCUGCUCUUGCUGCCGAAGUACCACAUCCCCAACUUCGGCUCAAGCCUCCCCUCUCUGAAGGGCAACUGGACUGUGGCUCUCAAAACGCAGACGGCCUUGGUCAUCCGCGUCAAGACCCACCUUGUUGCGGCCACGAUCGACGUCUCAGAGGGGGACGCGGAGAGCGCGUGGCUCAGCGAAGCCAGGGUGCGCUUCGCGCUGGGCGCUGGAAAGGCCAUUUGGUCCAGAAGCCAAAGUGAGCUCCGCGAGCCGAGCCUGUGGCCGUGUAGCUUUCCAUCGCCUCGACGCCCUUCCCUGGCAGGACUCCUCCCGCCACCGAAGCCCGUGAAGCAGGGCUCCGACUUCAAAGUUUGGUGGUGGCUGUUGAGGCAGAAGGUUGGAGAGAUUGUGGAGGAUCAUUGGAAGCUUUAUCCGCCCUGCGUGGAGAUUCCCAGGGCUCAAGUCCCCUUGCUGACCUGGACGCCAAAGCCGAAGACCUCGAAGACCUCCACCUUGAGCACCCUGAGCACGCUGAGCACCCUGAAGACGCUGAAGACGUUGCAGCUGCCUGACCUUCCGGACCUUCGCAUCGCUCCCAAGCUGCUCAUCGUCCGUCCAAGCACAUCCUUGACCACGCGCAUGUUCUUCAACCAGUGGAAGCCAGAGAUGCCAGAGACGUCGGCAGCCUUGCGUCCGUAUCAUCUUCCUUGUGCGGACCAUACACUUCCACUGCUCGAGUUUUUUCCUGAGAACGCUACGAAGAGGAAGGCAGAGAAAGAGAGGCUCCCGCUUGUUGUGACGGACAAGCGCUUGCAGAAAGGGCUGCGCAAGGCAAAGAAGAAGGCAGAAUCGAUUCUGGAGAAGUCCCGGAUGCAGGCUUUGCAUCACCUGGAGAAGGCGCGCAAAGCCUUCGAGAGGAAGGUUGAGUAUGCCCGCCUGGUGGCCGGCGGUGAAGUAUGGAAUGUUGUGACCUAUCUCCUGGCGCGUUCCUGUGCGCAGCUCACCGUUUGGCGCAGUGGUGGCUCUUUGAGCCCUGAGCUCGACUCUGGUGUCCUGACUGAGCCAGCUCUGGACGUCGUUUUCAGCCGAAGCUGCAGUCUUGCGGUGAAGAGCCCCGAGAAAGCUGUUGAUUUCCCUGGCCUCUUCGCCGUGUACAUAGCAUAUUUAGCAUAUGAUUUGUUUAUGCACCAGGCCUGUCUGGAACGUAUCCAGCAGCAAAUGACAGAUGAAGCCGAGCAGGACUUGGAGGAGCGUGCGGCUCUGGACAAGGAGCUCGAGGAACUGAAUCAGCGCCUCCUGACAAAGGGCUUAAACUCUCCUGGGUCGAAUCACCAUUGGUUGAUGAAUCUGUCGCGGGUGAACAUCAGCAGAGAAAACCGCAGUUGCCUGAUCUCUGGGAUGACGGACGUGACUGCAGUGGUUCCGUUCCUGUCCACUGAAUGGGAAGCGAUGGUUUCUGUAAGCACCGCCAGGGAAAGCGCUUCGGACAUCCUUGACAAGAUGCAGCAAGAGCAGACAAGGAAGAUGGAAGAGUUUCGAACGCACGUCACCGAGAACAUGGCCAAGCAGUUUGCAGACAUUCAGGAAGAGUCGCAACAGCAGAUUGCAGGUCUGAAGCAGGUCAUCGAGGCGAAAGCUAAAGAAGGCGUCAUGCUUCUCGAGCAGCAGCACUCCGAGAACAGGGAGGCCCGCUGCAGCGUGCUGGAGGCACGCAGUAGAUGCUGGAGUGGGCAACAGCUAUGA